AUGACUGAAGAAGAUUGGAGAUUUCCAGUGACCGAAAAAGCAAAGAUUGAGUUACUUUUGAGAUGCUUAGGAAAAGAAGAAUACAUGAAAAUCAUGGGAGAAGUCCAUGAAGGAAUAUAUGGAGCACAUCAAGGUGAGAGGCUUGUCAAAGACAUGGUCCAAUUCAGCAGGCUUGUCAAAGACAUGGUCCACUAUUUUAUCAUAAUGGCUAUUGAUUAUUUCACCAAAUGGGUAGAAGCCAAGCCAGUCAAAUCCACCACAUCUGAAGAGAUCAUUACCUUCAUAGAAGAGCAGAUUGUGCACAAAUAUGGCAUAUCAGAAUCAAUCACCACUGACAUAGGAAAUUCCUUCAUAUUUAGAGAGAUGCUAGAUAUGGCAGAAGAGCUCAAAAUCAAGUUACUCCAAUCCACUCCCUACUAUACCCAGGCAAAUGGACAGGCAGAAUCAAGCAACAAAGACUUCAAAAAGAGAAGCAACUGGCAUGACUCCUAUUUUUUAACUUAUGGACAUGAUGCAAUUCUGCCCAUGAAAAUCGCAGUUCAGUCUAUUAGAAUUGCCCAACAACAUAAUUUGGUUGGGGAAGACUAUUCACAAGCAAUGUUGCUAGAAUUAGAAGGGUUGGAUACCAGUAGAAUUGAUACUCUCAACAAACUCUUAGCAGGGAAGCAGGCUAUGGCAAGAGCCUAUAACAAGAGAGUUAGAAACAAGAGUUUUGAAGAAGGAGAAAUCAUCUAG